GUGCUUAUUACUAAGUUAAAUUGACUCGGGACGAUGUAAUUAUCACAGUCGCAAUUAUUGGAAAAAUCAAAUUUCUGUCACGGUCGCCAUAUUGUGCGCGACAGAUAAAACGAGAAGUUGACGAAAGAAGAUAAAUAGAGAAAGAAAUAGACGCAGAAACUAAAACUGAAAAUAAAAAAAACGUGAAAGCUUUACCCAAAACGAUUAAUAACAGUAAUUUAUAUCAAGAAAUAAAAAAUAACGGAAGAAAAAAUAAAGAGAUCGACAUUGAUCAGAAGCAGAAAAAACAAAUCGUUAUAAAAUUAGAGGCCCGUUGCUGUUCAUAAGCAUACCGCAUUGGGGAAAUAGAUCUCGUAGUGAAGCUAUUUCGCAAACUGAACAAAUAGUGCUCCGAGCUACUGCUACGAGAUUCGCUACGAGACGGCCGAGUGCUACGCUCUCUUGCUCUAAAACGCUGCUGCUACGACAAUGCUUAAAAUAAAAUGUGCAGUGUAUUUUUAAAUAUAUCCCUGUUAAAACAUAAUAACUGAAAAGUUAAAGUUAAUAUUGUAGUUAUAGCUAAAUAUACCUACUUAUCUGCACUUGAACCAGAAAUAUACAUUUAUUCAGGAAAGGGAAAGUAAAAAGUUAAAUCUCGGUUUGCAUUUCCAAUUUAAAAAUAGACGGGCAUACAUAGAAUUCCUGGAUGACGGCUAUUACGGGGUACCGAAUAUCGACGUGUGAGACGACAGCGAGGAGGUCGCGACGAGCACGUGAGCUGAACCCGGGACCAUUCACCGCUAACCACUCAGCGAUGCCCGACGCGGGUUCUGUUCCGUCUCUUUUUGUCUCUCCCUCUGAGUAUCUGUUGUCGCCGCGUGCAAACGGCUGGGAGCGAGGAUGCGCGCGCAUCGAUCAAUAGUUGCGCGGGUGCGGGCAGUGGCCAGCCCGCCGCGCGACGCCUCGCACGCGCCCGCCGACGUCGCGAGCCCAUGACCGCCCUCCACAGAUGACGGAGCCCUACACCCGCCGAACUCUUCGAAGCAGCCCUGAAGCCACGCCAGCGACCGCGCGACCGACCUCGCAACCCUCCCGCGCGACGACAAGGUGAUGCAUCGAGGAUGAGUCGCCGCGCGCGGCCGUGACAUGGGAGCGCAGGCAUGGGCUGGCGCGCCGUGCACCCGCCGCACAUCGCCGCCGGCUUGUUGUUGUUGCUGCUCGGUAACCUGCCAGUGACCUGCCACCAAGACCACCAAGAUGCAGUGCACAUCACGGCGAUCCUCGGCGAGAGUGUCGUGUUCAACUGCCAGGUGGACUUCCCCGAGGACGUCCCCGUGCCGUACGUGUUGCAGUGGGAGAAGAAGGUAGGCGAAACGGGACAGGACAUUCCGAUCUACAUCUGGUACGAGAGCUACCCGACCCACAGCGGGGAGGGGUACGAGGGCAGGGUAUCGCGCGUGGCACAGGACUCCCCAUACGGAGCCGCCAGUCUCAACCUCACCAACAUUCGAGAGUCGGACCAGGGCUGGUACGAGUGUAAGGUGGUGUUCCUCAACCGGUCCCCCAACCAGCACAAAAAUGGCACUUGGUUCCACCUGGACGUGCACGCGCCACCGCGCUUCUCCAUCACACCGGAAGACAUUAUAUACGUUAAUUUAGGAGACGCUAUCAUCCUCAACUGUCAAGCUGAGGGCACGCCGACGCCCGAAAUCUUGUGGUACAAGGAUGCGAAUCCCGUGGAGCCAUCAGGAACCGUCGGCAUCUUCAAUGAUGGCACGGAGCUCCGCAUCAGCAACAUCAGACACGAAGAUAUUGGAGAUUAUACUUGUAUCGCGCGCAAUGGCGAGGGACAGGUGUCGCACACAGCGCGCGUCAUCAUCGCAGGCGGCGCCGUCAUCACUAUGCCUCCAACGAACCAGACAAAGUUAGAAGGAGAGAAAGUACAAUUUUCAUGUGAAGCUAAAGCCUUACCCGGCAAUGUGACAGUGAAGUGGUUUCGUGAGGGCGCUCCCGUGGCCGAAGUGGCUGCCUUGGAGACCAGAGUCACGAUCCAGAGGGACGGAGCGCUGGUCAUCAACCCGGUGGCUGCUGACGACUCUGGACAGUACCUCUGUGAGGUCUCUAAUGGAAUUGGAGACCCGCAGAGCGCUUCUGCAUACUUGAAUGUUGAAUACCCCGCCAAAGUGACAUUCACACCGACCGUGCAAUACCUGCCGUUCCGCCUGGCGGGGGUGGUGCAAUGUUACAUAAAGGCGAACCCUCCGCUACAGUACGUGACCUGGACGAAGGACAAGAGACUUCUGGAGCCGUAUCAGACGAAAGAUAUAGUGAUAAUGAACAACGGGUCUUUGCUGUUCACGCGCGUGAACCAGAAUCAUCAAGGCCGGUAUACUUGCACGCCGUACAACGCGCAGGGCACGCAAGGAUCGUCUGGACCAAUGGAGGUUCUAGUUCGAAAACCGCCAGCAUUCACAGUGGAACCAGAGCCAUUAUAUCAAAGAAAGGUGGGCGAGUCAGUAGAGAUGCAUUGCGAAGCGCAAGAAGCGGAGGGCACACAGCGGCCCAGCGUGACGUGGCGGCGACGGGACGGGCUGCCGCUGCAGAAGAAUCGAGUGCGCGCACUUGGUGGGAACAUCACAAUAGACACGCUUAGAAGACAGGACUUCGGCAUCUAUCAGUGCGUCGCAUCUAACGAGGUGGCAACAAUAGUAGCGGACACGCAGCUAGUUAUCGAGGGCACGCAGCCGCACGCGCCGUACAACCUAUCAGGAACGGCGACGGAGUUCCAGGUGACGCUGCGUUGGCAGCCCGGGUACGCGGGCGGCCCGGACUACAAGCAGGACUACACCAUCUGGUACCGCGAGGCUGGCUUCUCUGACUGGACCAAAGUGCCCGUUACACCCUCUGGAGCUACUUCUGUCACAAUAAACCGGCUGCAGCCUGGCACAACCUACGAAUUCCAAGUGAACAGCAAGAACACCAUCGGGGAAGGGAUGAUGAGCAAGACGAUAACGAUUCGAACAUUAGAUGUAGGCGCCAAGCCGAAAGCUCCGGCCACGCCGGCGGGGCCCGUGGACGAAAAAGUUUUUCCAAAUGCACCUGAAGGCUCGGGUCCAAAGUCGGGUCCGCCUCGCAACCUGACGGUGACAGAGGUGCACAACGGGUUCCUGAUCACGUGGCAGGCGCCGCUGGAGCGCGCGCAACUGGUGCAGUACUACACCAUCAAGUACCGAACUGACGCGCAGUGGAAGACUCUUAACCGCGGACAAAUCCGCCCGGAGGAGACCAGCUAUCUAGUCAAGAAUUUAGUCGGCGGGCGCACGUAUUACUUCCGAGUGUUGGCGAACUCCGCCACCAGUUACGAGAGUUCUGAAGAGGUGAAGUUCCCCGUCCCGGCGCGGGUGAAACACAAAGCUAUAACGGCGGGGGUAGUGGGCGGUAUACUCUUCUUCAUCGUGGCGAUCAUCCUGUCCGUGUGUGCGGUGAAGAUCUGCAACAAGCGCAAGCGACGGAAGCAGGAGAAAGCAUACAACAUGGUAGCCGCGCGCCUGACCGACCUGCGCGCCGCUGACAGCACUCAAGUGCCUUUUAAAAAAUUUAGAGAAAGCGGAAUAUCGGGUAUAGUGCAGUGUUUGCGUUUCACUGCCAACUGGGUGUGGCCGCCGUCGCGGUGCGGUGGCGAGGUGCACUACUGGCAGGCGGCGGCCCCCUCUCCCCCGCCCUCCGCGUCCUCCGCCUCGCCCGCGCCCUCGCUCGCGCCCUCCUCCUCCGACGACGGCGGCUUCCUGCCGCGUCUGCGCGCGCCACUGCAACCCUCCGCCGCGCCGCCUCUGUUUCGCGCCUCGUCCCCCACGCUGGCCCUCCACUGGCCGCCCUGGCCGCCGUGGCCACCCUGGGCCGCGGCCUGGACGCCGUGGUCCCCGCUGCACGUAUCGGACCUCAGCUCCGUGCCGUUCCCGAGCUCGGCGGACGGCUCGUUCCCGACGCCGCCGUCCCCGUUCCGGCUGCGCACGCUCCGGCUCGAGGCGGCGGCGCGAGCCGGGGCCGCGAGGCCACGCGCUCGCCCGCAGAUGAGGCACGCGAGGCCGCGCACCAUCGCCGAGCUGCCGCCGCCGCCGCACGAGGCCUCUCCAGAGAGCCGCAGCUCGUCGAGCGGGUUCGGCAGCAAGAACGCAUCGUCUUCGCAGCACAACCGCAGCAGCCGCACGGGCAGCUUGGCGGAGUGGCGGCCGCCACCGUACCGGCCGCCGCCGCCGGCGCCGGCACCGCGUCCGGGCUCUAGCGCGGGCGAGGCGGUGGAUGCGGGGUCGGUGGACGUGCACUACGAGUGGGACCGCGCCACGCGCACGCCCACGCCGUCCACGCCGGAGCGACCGCGCCCGCGGCCCUCGCGAGACGACGUGGAAGCGAGAGUGCGAGCCAUGAAGGAGGAGUUUCUGGAGUUCCGCAAGCGUCAGGCGCUCCGCCGCCGCUCGCCGGAGCCGCUUGGCGCGCCUCCGCCGCUGUCGCAGCAGCCUCCGCUGUCGUUGUUGCCGUCGCUGUCGCAGCAACCCCCGCUGUCGCUGCUGCCGCCGCUGUCGCAGCUGCCGCCUCUCCCGCUGUCUGCCGCGCCCGCUGAAACCGUCUGUUAACAUCCUGCACUAUCCGCAGACCCCACCGACCCCAUCAGUUCCUGUAGGAAAUCAUUUCUUUUGAACGCGCUCAUUGACGUUGUCUAAGUAAAAUGAUGUCGAUAUAAAAUAGAGUUAAAUGUUCAAAUGAGUCUGACGAUCAUCAGAUUUUGAGUUCCGAACGAACAUCGCUUGAUCUCUAGAUACAAUUAGUGAAAACGAUCAAAUGCCUACGCUAUAAGUACUAAGUCUGAAUAAUUGAUUUGACUUUAUCACACAUCCGCCUAGCGUUAAAAAUUGGGCACGCGUAGCUAUCCUUUAUCCUUACAUGAUAUAAUUAGCCCUCGAUUGUAUACUUACUAUCAUUUAAGUAACGCAGCCUGAUCCCGUUAGACGAGGGCAACACUUCGAAGUAGAUAAUGAUUUGAUACGUUCACUGUUCAAGUAGUGUUAAUUCAAAAAUCCCACCUAAACACCGGUGCGCGGGGACCGCGGCCGGUGCUUUUAUAAAAUAAUUAGGUUUAAAUAGGAGCGACUGCAGUGAAGAAACUGCACGACUGUAAUAAAAUAACGUACGUAUGUAAAGUGGAUGCUGUGGCGUCAAGCCGCUCGCACUGUCUGCGUCAACUGUCUGAAUUAAUGUCAAUUAAACAGUCGAUAAGUGUAUUUGUAAUACAGAGUAAACGAUAUCGUGAAUGUGACACAACUUGCCAUAAGCUUCGAAGGACGUAUGAUGCGGUACACCACUGAGUCGAGCGCAGGCCGUGCGAGUCGGGCACGCACCUAAACGCUUUAGGUAUGAGCGGGGAGGCAUCCACGACACCGCUCAUACCAACAUUAUAUUGUAGUUAUUAUUAUAAUGAUAUAAAUGAGGACGCGCGACGAGAGGGCGCCGGACGCUCCGCUACACGCGCCGCCGUCGCCCGCUUCUCCGCUCUGUUUAUAUAUAAUAUGCAACAAAAUAAUCAUAAGUAGACACUAGAAUAAUUAUUGUAGAUUGAAACAAAACAUAUAAACUAAAAAUGAUUUUACUAUUGUUAAAUGGUUUAUUUUACGAGUACAAAUUUAUUAGUUUUAUGUUAUUGUAUUUACCGUGUAUAAUUUAAAAAUGUAAAUAUGUAAAAAUAUUAGAUAACAUACACUUAUUUAUUUAGGUAUGGCAUGAUUGAGGUUCUGGACUCUUUGAUAGCAGUACUGCACUCUAAAACUUUUUCACGACUAUUAAAAUUUUAUUAUCAUACUACCCAAUGUUACUUUAGGUUAAUCUUUAAUAUUAUGUACAAAUCACUUGAGAAGUUGACUCUUCACCAGUGUUAUGUUUUCAAUGUUGUAACAGGUCGAUGACUGGGUGUAUACUUAGGUGAUUGUUUUUACUUCGUUAUUUAUUUAAGUUUGGUGCCCACAAAAGGAAUCUAUGAAUAAUUCAAUGAAUGUGGCGUAAAAGCUUGUGCCUCUCGGUUCCUGGAGCAGCCCACCUGAUAUCGAUCAGUCAAAACAAAGACUGUUUAGUGUUACGUUUGUUGAUAGCUUUAUUUCUCCCCUUGUCAAUACGUGCUCUUUAUUUUUUGAAUGCACGUUAUACAUUUUUUGCUAUGAUUUAUACCUACUUGUACAAUUUUAUUAAAUAUUAUAUAGUUGAUAUAAGAACCUCAUAAGAAAUAAGUAUAAAAAUGUACGCUUUAAAGAAAUUGAAAUAAAUUACUCGUAACAAAUAGAUAGGUCUGUAUGAUAAGGAGUAGUUCUGAUAUGUGCGUAUUGUGCGUGUAUGAACGUUGAGAGUGGGCGGACGCAAGGGUGCGCGCCCUAUCGACUAGUAUCAAUGACAUGAAUGGCGCAGCGCACAUUCACUGCUGACGAUAUACGCACUAUCCACGUGUAACGACACAUAUUGAUACAGUUUUAUUUAUUAUAUAAUUUCUAACACGUUCUUUAGAUAAAUCCCGCCAUAGUGAUACACAUUAGAAAGUUAGGAUCGAUGACUCGUGCAAUAAUUUAGCAGCUGUUCAAUAACAUAAUUAUAAAUAAUAAUUAUGUCCAACAUGCUCAAUUUUUUCGACUGACCAACUGUAAUGUAUUGGUAUGUUAUUAACGAUUAAUAAUUCGAAAUACGAUCGUGUAAAACGAACGAAUUUAUACUUCCGUGUAGUCAGUUUUGUAUCGUAUCGACGACGUUGAAGUUUACUUUUUGAAGACGCGCUAAUUACGAGGUUUUUGAAAAAUAUGCCUGAUUGGCUACCAAUAAAUAGACCCGUCGUUGGGAUCAAACGAAUAUUGUACAAGUACUUAAUAUUGAAACUAUCGUCGACUGUUGCAGUAGACAAGUCAUGCACGUCGAAACUACAAACUUUUUAAUACGGAACUUAUAUAUAUUUUGUCGUGGUAUAAUAAAACUUAAAUGUAAAUAACAUUGAUUAUUUAAUAUGGCAAAUUUCACAAACAAGCAGUAUGCCCACGUUUAUUUAAAUCGCACGUUUGCGUAGGUACACCUUCGGCUAGAUGAUAUAUCUAGGUUUUAUAUGUAACACCGACCUGAGAACUUUCUUACAAUAGAAUCUAACACACAUUUCAGCCAUCUCUAAAGACAUCGGUAAUUUCUUAGGCAAACGUCGCCGAUUCUAUAUGCUAGCUCUUCUAUCCAAACCUAUGUAGGUGUAGGUAGGUAGGCGUAGCAACACGAUUUCUAAGACACAACGUACCUAAUGCUAACUAGAUUUAAUUUUGUCACUUUAUAAUGUACCUACGAAAAUAAGAAACAAAAUUAAUAUAUAUAGCUCAAACCAUGUGAUAUCUAGUCUUUUCCAUUAUAACAAUUUCUUUAUGUCCCGGGUUCUAUUUUGGAGUGUAUGACUGAUCAAAAUCUUUAAUCUACAUGGAUGACUUUGUUUUUUUUUUCGACGAACUUUUAAGACAAAGCAAUUAGAUUCUUUAUUCUUCACUUUGGUGUUGGUAAGUCAUACUUUUCAAAAUUACAGUUCCCGAAAUUAAUUUCGUCUUUUCACGAAUACAGAAUUAAAUGGUGAUGGCGUGGGUUCAAUCAUAAGUUGAUAUUAACACUAACAAUAUCUAGAUCGCAUUAUUAGUCAUAAUAACGUUAUAUUCCAGAAAAUACGACGAAACAGUGAUUAAUAAGCGUUUCAAAACAUAUAGUCUGAAGUCCUUCGACUUUUCUAUAGACUAAAAUGAAAAGAUAGCAAUACAUUAGGCUAAUGUAACUAAAUCGUAUGUAUCAGUUUGUAUAAAAUAAUGGAAAAUAAGUAACAAAGUUAUGUGCUCAUUGGCAUUUACGUUGAAGACGCGGAGGGGCACCAGAGACUUGUCCAGUCGGCACCUUCCUACAUGUAAGGCAUCCUGCACACUACAGUAUCUCGGCACAUAAUAAACGAUAAACUCGAACUUUUUUCAGAUACAGCACGUUAACUGUAAUCCGAUAAUUCCACCAUAAGUUUGCCUCGUUGAGAACAAAUGCACAAGCUACAUUUUUUAUAAAUCGGAUUAUCAAUUAAUUUAAUUUUUUUUAGAAUAUUUUUAGUUGUGUAAGUGUUGAGAUCAUGUGUUUACUGUGUAAGCACAAAAGGAUUCAAUUCAAAAAAUAAAAUACAAUAACGUUGCUAUGAUUAAA